AUGCUUUCGGAAGGCGCAAGAUUGAUUGGCGAGAGCGGCAAGAGCUAUCUAGCAGUUAGCCCGUUGGGCCAAAGCAAUGUCUGGACCGCUGUCGAACAGAGCAAGGAUCCGAAUAAACCACUCCAAGUGGUCGUCAUCAAGGAACCCGGUGAAGUCGACACACUACCAGGAUGGCCCAGCUUCCAAAACGAAAUGGUCAUGCAUGAAGUCUUCAAAGAUUCGCCAGCCAUCAGACAACAGGUUGACAGAAUUCCUCCUACCAAAACCGGUGGGCCGCCAAUGAUUGUCUUGGAAAUCACCGAAACCACCCUCUGGACUGCACGCACGAAACGGCCCAUGUCUCUGGCCGAAAUCAAGACUGUCGCCAAGGAUGUCCUCGUCGGUCUUCGAGAUGUACAUGCUGCCGGUCUGGUAUAUGCGGACCUCAAGCCUCAGAACAUCAUGAUCGAUGGUUUCAAUGCUGAGUCCGAAGAGAAGGACGAUCAUCUCAAAGCGAAGCUAGGUGACCUUGGUCUUGUCAUGGAACCCAUGAACGGCAAAGUCCAGCCCAUCACGUAUCGCGCCCCUGAAGUUUAUCUUAAAGGCGACAUCACCUCUCGAGUCGACGUAUGGGGCUGGGCACUCAUUUACUGUCAUUUGCUCGAAGCUCGCACACGCUUCUCCAAGACCGGUCUCUACGACGAUCUUGAAACCAAGACUGGAGCUAUGGGCGAAAGGGAGGAAGCUGUCAAGAAGGCUCUGAUGAAUGACUACAAGCUGCAAAACGACCCUGUAUACGGAAACGUCCCUCUGCCGCCAAAUGACCCAAGCAAACACAAGGGUGACCAAUGGGAACUUUUGCGCCAGCGUGGUUUGGAAGAUGGAGAAGUUGAUUUCCUCAGAUGGGUUUUGAAGGCCGAUCCCUAUCAGCGGCCGACUGUCAAUCAGAUUCUGGAAAGCGGAUGGCUAGACAAGACUGCAGAAGAA